ACCUGUCAGAGGAGGACUUUCAGAAGGUCUGCCAUAAGGCACAUUCUUCCACUUGCAGAGGGGGGGAUGGGAGAGGAGAGGCUUUGUAGCCCUGGCUUUCCCCCUCCAUGUGCAUACCAGAGACAAGAAAACAAAGCCACGCAGAGCUGCGACUCCCAGAAGCAGAAAAAAACACACAUCAUCGGAGGGGAUUUUUCUCCAGACACUCAGAGGGAUGUCACAUUUUUGGGACAUGCACAGAGAUCCACGGCGUCACAUCUCACCCCAGUUUUUGGCUUGUAUUAUGAAGGGGUGGCGCAUGUGAGCCAGAGAUCCUGUUACAGGGAUCCAGACUUUUCCAACUUUUUUUAUGGAAGUGGGGGAGGGCGAAGCUUCAACCUUCGUCUCCCUUCUUUGCCUUAAACACCUUAAAAAAUGAAGAUUUUACGGUGUUUUUCCAGCGUCUUUUUCUCUGGAUGAAGACACUUUCAGGGACUUUUAGUAAUGAAGGAAUUCUGGGAAAUCGUGGGAAAAGCGCACGAAAACAGCAAAUUAAAAAAGUUCGAGAGGACUUUGUAAUAACUUUAAAGUGUUUUGACGCUUUUCCUUCAACCAUGUCGCGUUUGGAAAACUCUUCUAGUGCUGAAGACGGUUGUAUGGACCACUGAGGAGUUUGGAUCAGGGAAUCUCCGGGAAUUUUAGUUUUUCCACAGCUGAGUUUUACACCAUCAAGAUGUCUUCCCAGGGUUGGAGCCCCAUUGUUGGAGUUUACGGGAUGCUUUGCGUCUGGACCGCCUGGUUUUCGGGCUGCGGGGCGGCGUUGUCCCCGAACGGGACGAUAUUUGAGGAUAUGUGCAAAAAAACGACAACUUGCGAGGUCCUUAAAUACAACACUUGUUUGGGGUCUCCUUUGCCGUACAGCCACACUUCUCUGAUCCUGGCGGAGGACUCCAGCAGCCAGGAGGAAGUUUUUGAGAAACUCACCAUGUGGUCUGGUUUACGUAAUGCUCCUCGGUGUUGGUCAGUCAUCCAGCCGCUGCUCUGUGCCGUCUACAUGCCAAAAUGUGAGAACGGUCGAGUUGAGUUGCCCAGCCAGAGCCUGUGUUUGGCGACACGUCGGCCUUGCAGCAUCGUGGAUCAGGAGAGAGGCUGGCCAGAGUUCCUCAAGUGUGAUAAAUUCCCUGUGGGAUGUUCGAAUGAGGUUCAGAAGCUGAAGUUCAACACGUCGGGCCAGUGUGAAGCUCCCCUGGUGAAGACAGACAUUCAGUCCAGCUGGUACAAGGAUGUGGAGGGCUGUGGAAUCCAGUGCGACAACCCGCUAUUCACCCAAGAGGAGCACAAUGAUAUGCACGCUUACAUCGCUUACUUUGGCACCAUCACCCUCCUCUGCACUUUCUUCACUCUGGCCACAUUUCUUGCCGACUGGAAAAACUCCAACCGCUACCCGGCUGUCAUUCUCUUCUACAUCAACGCCUGCUUCUUUGUGGGCAGCAUCGGCUGGCUGGCCCAGUUCCUCGAUGGAGCCCGCAAAGAGAUUGUGUGCAAGAGCGACAACACCAUGCGACUCGGCGAGCCCUCAUCCUCGGAAACGCUGUCGUGCGUCACGAUCUUCAUCAUCGUCUACUACUCCCUGAUGUCAGGGGUGAUUUGGUUUGUCAUGCUGACCUAUGCUUGGCACACGUCCUUCAAAGCGCUGGGUACCACGCACCAGCCGCUGUCGGGUCGAACCUCCUACUUCCACAUGGUCACCUGGUCCGUGCCUUUUGUGCUCACUGUCGCCAUCCUCGCCAUCGCUGAGGUGGAUGGGGACUCUGUCAGUGGGAUUUGCUUUGUCGGCUACAAGAACUACAGGUAUCGAGCCGGAUUUGUUCUGGCGCCGAUUGGAGUGGUGCUUCUAGUCGGUGGCUACUUUCUCAUUCGGGGUGUGAUGACCUUGUUUUCUAUCAAGAGCAACCACCCAGGACUGCUAAGCGAGAAAGCAGCCAGUAAAAUCAACGAGACAAUGCUGAGACUUGGGAUAUUUGGAUUUCUUGCAUUUGGAUUUGUUUUAAUCACGUUUGGAUGCCAUUUUUAUGACUUCUUCAACCAGGCGGAAUGGGAGAAGAGCUUCAGAGAAUACGUGCUGUGUGAAGCCAAUGUGACAAUUGCCUCCCAAACCAACAAGCCCAUCCCAGAAUGCACCAUUAAAAACCGUCCCAGUCUGAUGGUGGAAAAGAUCAACCUUUUCUCCAUGUUUGGGACUGGAAUAGCCAUGAGCACGUGGGUGUGGACUAAAGCCACCAUCCUCAUCUGGAAACGCACCUGGUUCAAGAUCAUUGGCCGCAGUGACAAUGAACCCAAGAGGAUCAAGAAGAGCAAGAUGAUCGCCAAAGCCUUUGCAAUGAGGAAGGAGCUCCACAAGGACCCCGAGAAGGAGCUGUCCUUCAGCAUGCACACCGUCUCCCAUGAUGGGCCAGUGGCUGGAAUUAACUUUGACAUAAAUGAGCCCUCCAACGACAUGUCGUCUGCAUGGGCGCAGCAUGUGACCAAAAUGGUGGCGAGACGAGGCGCCAUCCUGCCUGAGGACAUUUCUGUCACCCCCACCGGUACCCCCGUACCUCCUCCAGAGGAAAGAAACAGACUCUGGCUGGUGGAGGCUGAGAUUUCACCAGACAUGAUAAAGAGGAAGAAGAAGAAAAAGAAGAAGAGGAGGAAGGAGGUGCGCCCGGACGAGGAGGUGGCGGAUCGCCAGCCUUAUCCCCAGCGCGAGUUCGGCCGCAGCUCCGUGCCUCGGCUUCCCAAACUUCCCUGCAACUCCAGCCUAGUCGGCAACCUGCACCGACAGCAGAGGCAGCAGCAGAAAAUGGAGGAAGAAGUCCUGCCGGGGUCUUGCUCGGACUUCCCACCUUCACACCCUCUUUCCUACGAGGAGAGAUGCCCCUACCUGCAAUGCCAGGACACCUGGAACAGGCACCACUGUUCAGAGGGCGUGGGUCUCAGACCUCGCUGGCAGCCCUCGACUUCAAACCGGCAGCUCGCUGGCUCUGCUUUUCCCCCUGGAGAGGCGGACCUCACCGAUGGACUGACAGAAAGAAUGGCUCACGUGGCUCGGGUACCAGCUGGCAGGAGGGCCGGUUAUGGACCCAUGCAUUCCAGGACCAAUUUAAUGGAAGCAGAGCUCAUGGAUGCAGACUCUGACUUCUGAGAGCACAAAAAGUGCUCAGCGGUACAUGGAGAUUAAGCUAGAAAAAGUGCUGGAUACUUUCACACUUAUUACUAAGAGUUUCUUAGCUUGUCAAGAUGAAAAAUAGAACUCCUUAAUGGAUAAAUGAAAAAAAAA